AUGCUCGAAUCACCCGAUUCGCCCGUUGUUGUCUGGUCGAGACCACCGUCUUUGAGAUCGUUGCGAUCCGGAAAGAAAGUCGUACCUGGACAAUAUGUUCUGGACGAGCCGGACACUUUAUGCGUGCUUCCGUCGUCGAUGCGAAUCGUGUGUUCAUUGCUCACUAUCCUCCUCAUCCUUUCGCUUCUUGCCGCGAUUCUGAACAGCCUUCAGAGCAGUUCAAACUCAUCGGCCAGCUAUUGCAAACGUCCGGAACAAGCUUUCAGCCCAUCAAUUCUAUGUCCUCGAGAAUCGAUGUUCUUUUUUUAUCAAUGUUGCUCCGAUGAUUCAGACGGCAAAAAAUGUUGCUCAAAAGUGCGAAUUUGGUUACUUUUGGCAAUCACUUGCGUUAUCGCUUCGUGUCUUCUUGGAAUAUUCUACUCGAUUUCCAGAUACUUUUGCCGCAAUUGUCAUCUUUCGACAACUUUUGCAAGACCGAUUCGAUUAUAA